UAUUUUAUUUUUUCCUGUAGAUUUAUAUAAGUAAACUUAUAAAUGAUGGUCGUGAGUUGUGCAUUAGAUGGGACCGUUAUGGGCGGUGUAUAGUUAGUUUACAUAAUCAGCUGUGUGUCAGCUAACGACAGAUAAACUCGCUAGAAGCUCAUUCACAGACAGAAUAUUAUUAUUUGACGCUUCAUCUGAGCACUUUGCCUCAGGUCAUCCACAAAAUAUUUAACUUAAACAGUCCAAAUACACAAACAAUGCAUUUGAGUCAUUUAGUCAGAUAUGUAGCACAUAGAAAUGCGAAAUAAUGUCUGAUUGCGAUGAUCUCCGAAUGUGAUGUUUUAUAAUUUCGACCAGGCUUUGUACUCCUCCUGAGGUGUGUCCACUCGAGUCAGCCCUGCAUUUCAAACAAGAACACGAGGCUUUCACCAUGAAUUCCGACAUGGAUGGUGACAUGGAAAAUCAAGUAGAAUUAGAGGAGAAGACCAGACUUAUUAACCAAGUCCUUGAGCUGCAGAAUACUCUUGAGGACCUUUCAGCUCGAGUGGAUGCAGUAAAAGAAGAAAAUCUAAAGUUAAAAUCAGAGAAUCAGGUUCUUGGGCAGUAUAUUGAGAACCUCAUGUCAGCGUCUAGUGUCUUUCAGACCACUGAAUCCAAGAGCAAACGGAAGUAAGAGAGCAUCCCUCUGUCCCAUACCCCCUUGUGUAGACCCACAAACCCACGCAGUCAAACCCUUGCCAUAUCAGCCAAGUUCAAGUUUCCACUGGGAUUAAUUUGAUCCCUGUGCCACUAAAAUGCUAAAUGCUUACAUUAGUUUUUAUUAUCAGUAUUUGUGUUUAUUUAAAUGUGAUCUUCUGCGAUCAACAUAUUAAAACUUAAGAGGAUGCAUAGAGAUCAUGCUUACGACUUUAUAGGAAUGUUGUUUACUUAUUUUAGUUUUUUUAUUUUAAUGUUCAGAAGGGUAUGACAUAUUUUUAAUAAGUUCAUAAUUUAAGAUUUCAAUUAAAACAUAUUUUUAACAUUUCAUUUCUUAUGUAUUGUGGCUUUGUAGAGCAGCUGUGAUGCCAUGACAGUUGCUGUCUCCUGCUGAGCUGUUUGUUUGUCUGUAUCAGCACAGAUUGUGCUCAAGUUGGUAGAAAAUCAUUCUGAUGAGGGAAUGCAAUCUAUUAGACCCUUUUCUUGGUGCUAUCAACAGAAGGAAGUUUUCUGACAUGCAUUAUGCCUGUGCCCUUGAAUAUUGUAAAUCAUGAACUAGAAUUGUCGUUUGUACGUGUAGAAUAUUACCAUUGUGUGGCAUUGGAAAUGCCCAUUUUUAAUAAAGAAAUAUG